GGUAGACUGUAAUUAUUAUUACAGCUUUAUCUCACAGGUUUGGUCUUCUACUAACUUUAAGGAGUAUUUCCAGUCUUACCAUCAGCUGGGUUUUCUUCAUAGUCCUCUGCUGCUUUUAAGCUGGGAUCACUUUAUUUCUUGUCUCUGCACCUCAAAUGGGACAUGCAUGUUUAGGUGACUAACUACAGGAACAUCAAAAUGCCUAACCUCGAACAUCCAGCGUACCCAGCAGCUACACUGCUUCAGUUGGAAAGUUUGGUGCCUUGUCGAGAAUCCCAAGUGUCCAUGUUGCUGUCAAUAUUUGGAGAGCGCCAGCAGUUUAGUUUUCCAUCUAUCUUCAUCUACGGGCAUACAUCUAGUGGAAAGACCUAUGUGAUGCAAACUCUUCUAAAAACCUUACAGCUUCCUCAUGUGUUUGUGAACUGUGUGGAAUACUUUACUUCACGACUUCUUUUAGAAGAAAUUCUCAUCCAGUUGCAAAGAGAUGCAACUUCUGAGACAAAACAGACUUCUCAUGUGUCUUGUGAUAAUUUCAAUGACUUUGUACGUCUGUUUAAACAAGCUGUUGCCAGUCAAGAGCUUCAAGAUCAAACAUUAUAUAUAGUACUGGAUAGAGCAGAGCAGCUGAGGGAAAUGGAAGCAAAUGUCCUGCCAGCUUUUCUUAGACUUCAAGAGUUGACUGACAGAAAUGUGACAGUUGUCCUGCUCAGUGAAAUAGUAUGGGAACUGUUCCGCCCAAGUACUGGAUGCUUUGAACCAUGCACUUUGUAUUUUCCUGAUUACAGCAUAGGACACCUGCAGAAGAUCUUGUCUCAGAAUCAUCCCCCAGAAUAUUCUGCGGAUUUCUAUGCUGCAUAUAUCAAUAUUCUACUUGGUGUCUUCUACAUGGUCUGUAGGGACUUGAAAGAACUUCAGCAUCUGGCAGCGCUCAAUUUUUCUAAAUACUGUGAACCCGUGGUCAACGGAGAAGCAAAUGAACGUGACACCCGCAAGCUCUGGAAAAAUAUUGAACCUCAUUUGAAGAAGGCAAUGCAGACUGUUUAUCUCCGGGAGAUAUCCAGCUCACAGUGGGAGCGGUUACAGCGUGAGGAUGGAGAACCUGGGCAGCUGAAAGGACUUUCUGCACAUACACAUGUGGAACUCCCUUAUUACUCCAAAUUUCUCCUAAUAGCUGCUUACCUUGCCUCCUACAAUCCUGUGAGGACAGAUAAGAGGUUCUUUCUUAAGCAUCAUGGGAAAAUUAGAAAGACCAACUUUAAGAAGAAACAUGAAAAGACCAGCAAUCACCUCCUUGGGCCAAAGCCAUUUCCCCUGGACAGAUUGUUAGCAAUAUUAUACAGUAUUGUGGACAACAGAGUCGCUCCAACUGCAAAUAUAUUUUCCCAGAUCACCUCUCUUGUGACUCUCCAGCUGUUAUCCAUGGUUGGCCAUAAUGACCAGCUUGAUGGACCACGGUAUAAAUGUACUGUAUCUCUGGACUUCAUCAGAGCUGUUGCCCGGACCGUGAACUUCGACAUAAUAAAGUACUUGUAUGAUUUCUUGUGAAAACAAGCUUCACAGCCAUAUGGACACUGUGACAAUGACUAAGGCAAGCUGUGUUCAUCUCUCUACUUAGCUGGCCAGAAAGAAGAGUAUUUUGGCUCUUUUGGAUUUGUCCAAACAGGUGCUGGCCCAGCAUGGAACCUGAUGAAAAUACUCUGAUUGGUCUGGGUGGAUCUGAGCAGAGGACUAUUUACCAGGGACCCCGUAGUAUUUGGAAGCAAUGUGUUAAUUAUAAACAGCAGGGUUUGAGCACAAUCUGUUCUACUCUUAAUGAUGUUAUCUUAACACUGAAAUUGCCUGAAACCCAUUUACUUAGGACUGCAUUUUGCUCUAUGAACUCUCCCCAGUGCUUUGAACGUGGCAGCAGCCCUUGUUUGUAUGCCCAGUCUUUUCACUUCCUCUCCGCAGGAAUCUUUGCAGUUGCCUGCCAAAGCAGCUUUUCCCGAGGCCACCAUUUUAGGAGAGUGGAGUAGCAAAAUAUAAUAAACAUAAGAACAUAUUUAAAAUCAA